UAGGUUUCAGGGGGGGUCCCUCUGCAGCGAUGAUAAGAUAGGCAGAGCUUUGUACUGUACGGAUCCGCAUGUACAUAGUGGAGGCCAUGUCUGCAGGUGGGCUUCUUGAUAUCAUCAACCCCGCCAAAGCAGCAACAUUGUCUCUCAGCACUGCCAAAUCCUUGAUACUUCACACGCCCACCCGGUGUCGAUUACUCCAGUCUGUUCUUUUAUAGAAUGUCCUGAGCAUGCGCGGCGGUCGAGGAGGUGGAAGGGGAGGCCAUCGUGGCGGCCGAGCACCCUCUGCGCCAUGGAGUAGCCGAUUAAAGCCAGUCGAGCUUGAUCCUCUGGAAGCCAUCGGACUGCCCUCGAAAGGUGACAAACGACUCCUAGACCUGAAGACACAGGAAACAUACUACACGAAAAUCGUCGAGCGGUACUUGGGUUUUAUUUCCGACGCAGGCGAAAAAGGCGAGCUCAAAAGGCGAUUUGCUUCACUCAACCUGAACUCUCAGCACUCCUCCGAUGACAGCCCAACAUACUCGAACUCGCCUUCGAACACCCAUUCCGUGGCGAAUCUGCCACCCUUGAGACCACACCCGCAUCAUACAAUCAGUGCACCGGCCGAGCUUCCAUUGGCACUUUCCGCACUGUCGAGCAAUACCAAGGGCCUGUCUGAGGUUCUUGCAGCCUUGAGGAAACUACGUGAAGGCAUUGUAGCCUCCAAGCGAGCCGACGACUUCGCUGUGCAAGCAUAUCUCUUCUGCAUUCGACUGUCUGUACUCGUAAAGCACCCGGAAUCGUACCACCCGUCGAUUCUACAUCUCUUGAGACACAUACAUCUGACUCACCCUAUGACGAGCGUCGAGACCAAUGAAGUGGUCGGCUAUUUGAUCCUGGAUGCGGCGUGCAGGCGAAAAGACCUCGCUGAGGCGUAUACCACACGAAAUCAGUACAAGCUGAGGGACCCUAAAGUAGACGGAGUUCUAGCAGCAUUGGCGCAUGACAACUAUGUGCUUUUCAAGAGAUUGAGGAUGGGCGUCGAUGGUCAUAAGGCGAAGAUUUUAGAGUACGCGCAAGAGCCGAUGCGCAUGCACACACUCAAAUGUUUUGGCAGAAGCUACCUCAGCGUUGAGUUGGAGUUCCUAGAGCAAUGUGCAGACUCGAAUUGGAUGGAUCUCAUCAGUAACGACAAGGUCGGCUGGGAACUUGAGGGGAACAAGGUUGUCAUCAGGAAGAUGAAAGGCAGGUAAUGCCGGCCGGCUGUUAGCGACAUCUGCGGUCUAUCAUGGAUGCCCUUAGAUUCGUGAAGUUAUUAAGCAUGCAUAUGUCAAUCCCACUGCAGCUUAUUGUUGUGGUUUCGAUAACUGUGUAGCGUGCUCAUGAAACAAUAUUAACACUGGUAGGGAGAGACAGCAUGUUCGUUGAGACAUUUUUCCUGGACUGAAUAUUCUUCUUCAAUUCACGCUCUUGCGCUUAACACAGUAGAAGCGGUAGUUUCUUAUUUAUCAUGAGAC